UUUCAUGUUCUACAAACUCUAACAGUUUGAAACACCACUUGUAUGACUUGCUUGUAAAAUAGUUUCAUAAGAUAAUUGUUCAGCCUUAUUUAUUCCGCACAUUUUAUAGAAGCUUGACAGAAACUUUUACAGCUCGUUUUUGGAAUAUCAGGUUUCUUCUCAUCCAUCUCAAAAAAUGUUUCAAGCUCCUGGUCAUUCCGAAAGAUUAUCAUUGAAAUUAUCAGAAGCACUCGGUGAUAUUGAUGUGAAUAAGAGAACAGUACUGAAGAGGAGAAGGAUGUUGUUGUUGUAUGAAUCUGUAUUUAAGGUUAAGGAGAUACUAACAGGAGAAAAGUGGUCCACUUAUUAUUUUGGAAGUCAGGUGGAAGGUUCAACAACUCCAGGACUAAAGUCAGACUUAGAUAUACUCCACUGCAACACUUCCUACAAUGUGAUACAGGAUUGGAGUAUGUGGCAACCAGGUAUGGGGAAUCUUCUAAUGACCAAAGAUGAAACCACAUCUCCGGGCUACUGUCUUCUCCAAUAUCUGAGAACUGAUGAACCAUCUCCUUGCACCUGUAAUUACCAUAGGACACAGCAAGGUUUUCUUGCAGAUGGAAGAGGAAGAACAUUUGUCAACCAUUUUUACACUGACAAAGAUAAGUUUUAUGUUGUAAAUGGUCCAGCACAUUUAUUUCCAGUACUAGAAAAUGGUUGUGUUGUAAAUGGCCCAGCAUUUACAAUUCAAGGAUAUGAUACUUUCUCAGCUAUUGAUGAAGUUAGAGCCUAUCAAUGUAAAACUUGGCCUAAAGAAGCCCAACUCUGGCUAUCAAAGCAAGGCAUAGGAGGGUGGCCCACAGACGAAAUAAAGAGAUACUGUGAGACUACAGGGUGUUUUGUUGUACCAGUAGGCAGUAAGCAUGGAGUUGAUGAAGAACUUGAAUGGAGAAUAUCUACUUCCAAAGCAGAAAGAUGUCUGAUGUUUUGUUUGAACAUCACACAGAUAAGAUGUUACAUCUUGAUGAAGAUGAUUCUUAAAACAGUUAUCAGUCGACAGUGUGAAGGUGCCAUUUCUAGCUUCAUGUGUAAAAAUGUUUUAUUUCAUUGUGUACACACUACACAUUUAAAUCGAUGGCAGGAGCACAAUUUACUUGCAUGUUUAAAAUUUUGCUUGGUGUCAUUGCAGAACUGUGUUAGACAAGUAAAUUGUCCACAUUUCAUAAUACCUGAAAACAACUUGAUGGCUGGGAGGAUUUCUUUUCCAGUCCAACAACAGCUUCUUACAAUCCUGGAAACCAUCAUACAAGAUGAAGUCAGGGCAUUAAUGGAUAUUCCUGUUGAUGACCUUGGCAUGAGAUUUCAGAGGAAGAUGAACAUGUUAGCAGUGUAUCCAUGUGGUUGUUAUUACCACUCCUCAGCUGAUAGGUCUUCUAAGGCUUUAACAAUUUUAAUAUAUCAAUUUUUUCAAAUGGUACGGAAAGUAUUUUAUUACAUAAUAAUCAAACUUGUUAGAAAUGAAAUGGUGCCUGUUCUGCUUUUCAAUGUACUGUCCAUUUUGGUUAAAACAUAUUGCACAGCAGAAUCUGAUAUAUGGCAGAAAUCAGUGUGCAGACUUUUAGCUCUGCAGUUUUGCUCUUCCCUUGGAUCUGUGAUGGCAUCCAGAGACUCUGAUGCUGGCAAUUCUGUAUCCCACUUGGCACUUGCUUUGUUUUCAGCAGGAUUGAACUCCGAUGUGUCAUCUAGCAGGCUGAAAUUUGCAUCUGCAUUAUACUGUGCAGGAGAAACAGAAAAGACAGAGUAUGUUCUUAGUUAUGUUGGUGAAAAGUUUGACUUACAUGUUGUUACACCUGUGUGUGGGUGCAACAAAAGUUACACAUUAACCCUAACACAAGGAUUUAUCAAUAAAUGUGAUACAGGCAAUGAAGAACUUGUAAAAGAUAUUGCAGCUUUUUGUGUUGUGUUCAUGCGUUGUGAAAUCAACUGUGUCCCCCAAGAAUUGCGAUAUGAAAUGUUUCGAUCUACACAAGAAGACUUGCUACAGAGGGAUGAAGAUGAUGACUGGAUGGAUAGUGCAGUGGUGGAUUCACUCCCUUACCUUUACUUCUUACAGUACAAGACUUACAGACACCUUCAGAGAGGAGCAGAUCAACAGCGGGCCCUUUUACAACUUGCCACUACAAUCGAUACCAAUCCAGACCUCGCACACAGAGAAACAGCGCUGAAUUUACUGGGACAAUGUUUUGAACAGGAGAACAGAUACGACGCUGCUCUUUGCUGCUAUAUAAAGUCUCGCAAUAUACGUCCAAGAAACAAUGCUGCAAACAUUCAUAUAUGUAAACUGCUGAGUACAAUUUCUCUCAGGAGAAGGAUACCAUAAAAAAAAAACAGAUGAUACGUGAAUCAAAGCAUGAUAUUGCAACAACAAACAGAUGAACUGGGAAAUGUUAAGCUUCUUGAUUAACUACCUUCAGUUUUACUUUAUACAGUUAAUACAAAUAUAUAUGAGCCACACUAUAAAAAAACCAACAUAGUGCAUUUGCGACCAACAUGGAUCCUGACCAGCCUGUGCGGUCAGGAUCCAUGUUGUUCGCUUUCAAAGCCUAUUGCAAUUAGGGAAACCAUUAGCGAACAGCAUGGAUCCUGACCAGACUAUGCGGAUGCGCAGGCUGGUCUGGAUCCAUGCUGGUGGCAAACGCACUAUGUUGGUUUUCUCAUGGCUCGGCUCAUAUACAGUAGCGUUACUACAAAUAGUAUUUUAACCAUUCAUUGAAGGGUACAUUUAUAUAUUUACUAAGAUAUUUUAAAGUACAAAGUAUCUUUUAUUUAAUAAAUGUUUGUAAAAUAAGAAGUGAACAAAUGGCAAUAAAAAUUAAUGUAAUUAUUUAUGAAAAUAUUUUUGUGGUCUGUAAAUUAUGUAGAAAAGCUAUUUUGUUUGUCACACAGUACAAAUUGUAAGAGAUAUAUUUGUAUAUUAUACUUGUAAAAUGUAAACGUAAUA